UAAGCGUGGGCCGGAGGAGCGAAAGAUGGCGGCGCCUUGUUUCCCUACGCCAUUGUACAGGCAUGUGGGCCGUGGCUCCUUCAGCGACGUGUACGAGCCCGCGGAGGACACAUUUCUGCUGCUGGACGCGCUCGAGGCGGCGGCAGCCGAACUCACGGGAGUGGAAAUAUGCCUUGAAGUAGGGUCAGGGUCUGGAGUGGUAUCUGCAUUCCUAGCCUCUAUGAUAGGUCCUCAAGCAUUGUACAUGUGCACUGAUGUCAACCCUGAGGCAGCAGCAUGUACCCUGGAGACAGCACGCUGUAACAAAGUCCACAUUCAACCAAUAAUUACCGAUUUGGUCAAAGGCUUGCUACCAAGAUUGAAGGAAAAAGUUGAUCUUCUGGUGUUUAAUCCUCCCUAUGUAGUGACUCCACCUGAAGAGGUAAGGAGUCACGGGAUAGAGGCAGCUUGGGCUGGUGGCCGAAAUGGUCGUGAAGUCAUGGACAGAUUGUUUCCACUGGCUCCAGAGCUCCUUUCACCAAGAGGAUUGUUCUAUUUAGUCACCAUUAAAGAAAACAAUCCAGAAGAAAUUUUGAAAAUAAUGAAGACAAAAGGUCUACAAGGGACCACUGCACUUUCCAGGCAAGCAGGCCAAGAAAUCCUUUCAGUCCUCAAGUUCACCAAGUCCUAAUCUAUAGUGUGUGCUACUGAAAGCUGCAUGCAUUUGGCAUAUUUUGAAACAGAAGUCAUUUCUUAGUUAACAAAUAAAGUCAGAAAUUUGUCAUACAGAAAAAGGCAGAAGAGUAAGGCAUUUCCUUUUGCCCAGGAAUUAGGCCUACAGAAAUAUUUGCACAAAUGCAAGUAAAUAUAUAUAAUAUAUAUAUAAUUUGAAUUUUAUAUAUUACAUAUAUGUGGAGAAUAUAUAAUAAAUUAUAUUUGUAGGGCUUCCCUGGUGGCGCAGUGGUUGAGAGUCCGCCUGCCGAUGCAGGGGACACGGGUUCGUGCCCCGGUCUGGGAAGAUCCCACAUGCCGGCGGAGCGGCUAGGCCCAUGAACCAUGGCCUCUGAGCCUGCACGUCCGGAGCCUGUGCUCUGCAACGGACGAGGCUACAACAGUGAGAGGCCCACGUAUCGCAAAAUAUAUAUAUAUAUAUAUGUAUAUUUGUAUAUGAAGAGGAUGUUCAUUUCAGCAUUACUUGUAAUGGCAAAACAAUGAAGUUAACCUAAAUGUCCAUCAGCAAAGGGAUUGGUAAAAUAAAUUACAGUAUGUUCAUGUUACUGAACAUGAGUGACAUAUCCAGCCAUUAAACACAAGUAAGUUCUGUAUAUACUGAACCAGAAGAGGUUCAUGAUGUGCUACUGAGUAGUGAAAAAAAUCAAGUUGCAAAAUAGUACUAACCUAUAUGUAUAUUUUUGAAAAACUAACAAAGAAAGUUUGUGUGUAUGUGUGUAUAAGAAAUUCUCAAAAGGUAAAUAACAGGUGGGAAUAGAGGAACUUUCAUUCUUUUGUGUUGGCAUUUGUACAAUCAUAGUGUAUUCUGUAAUUAAACACAAUCGUUUAUUUAAAAUGUUUUAAGUUUACCUUUACUUAUUGUCUCCAUUCUCUUUCUAUUAUUUAGAAUGGCUUCUUCCUCCAUUCUUCUCCUUGGUCACGUUUUUCCUACUUUUUAUCCUCUAUCAUAUAUUUCUGUUUUCUUCUUGCAUAUAUAUUGCAGACUGCUUUCAUUUUUUUCUUAGGUCCCGGAGAGUUGUAUGUAAAUAAACCCAGCACUCAAAUUAAUCACAUUUUUAAGAGCCCACAUGUAUCUUUCAAGAAAUGUCAAAUUACCUUUACUAAAUUUAGGAACCUCUUCUGUAACUUCCCCACCAUUUAAAAUAUACAGUUGACCCUUGAACAACAUGGGUUUGAACUGUACGGGUCCACUUAUACACAGAUCUUUUUCAAUAAAGACACACUACAGUAUUUCACUAUCAGUGGUUGGUUAAAGCCAUGGAUGCCAUGGAGGGCUGACUGUAGAGUUAUAUGUGGAUUUUUGACUGUGAGGGGGGUCAGUGCCCUAACCCCGGUGUUGUUCAAGGGUCAGCUGUAUUUAUCAAAAUCAAUUAGCAGGACUGUGUAGGACCAGAGUGAGAGCAAUCUAUAAUUUUUUAAUUUGGCUACAUUCAGAAUCACCUGAGGAAGUUAAAGAUUAUGCAUUCCUAAGCCCCACCAUAAACCCAUGGAAUAUUCUGCUGACCAGACCUAAAAACUGUAUUUUUUAAAAUGUACUUCUCAACAUUCUUUAGUCACCCUGUCAAAUUUUAGAACUAUUGCUUUAGAUGGCAUGCUCAUUUAAUCCUUUGGAUAAUCCACAGAAAGAAUAGAAUUAUCCACCUUUGAUGUUCAGAAAGGUUAAAUAAUUUGUUCAAAGAAGCACAGUAGUAAAGAGUGAAAACAGUAUGGCAACAUUUCAAACACAGAUCUGACUCCAAAAGCUGUCUUUUUCUUUGCUUAUGCUGCUUUCAGCAGCAAAAAUGUCAAAAUUAGUAUUAUCUUAAAUCUGAUAUCUGUAAAUAAAUUUCCAUUCCCAGAAACAGUGCCAUCUGAAUGAAGUCUUAUAGUAAAUAACCUCUUGUGUCCCAGGAGAAAAAAAAAUUAACCUUAGAAUUUUAUUGUGGGCUCUUAGUCAUAGUUUUGGGGAAUGAGGUCCUGAAUACUUUUUCAAAUAAUGUUUGAAAUACUUUUAAAUGAGUAUAGAGGACUUCUAUCAACAUAGGAAACUAAACAUAGAAAUGCUAUAUAAAACACCAAGGACUUCACAUACAUAGCUGUUGCAGACUGAAUUGUGUCUCCCCCGCUACCCCACCCCUGUCACCACCACCAAAUGCAUGUGUUGAAGCCCUAAUCCCCUCUUACCUCAGAAUAUGACUGUAUUUAGAGAUAGGGCCUUAAGAGAGGUAGUUAAAUAAAAAGGCCAUUAGGGUGGGCCUUAAUCCAAUCUGGUGUUCUUUUUUUUUCUUACUGGGGUAUAGUUAUUUUACAAUGUUGUUAGUUUCUACUGUACAGUGAAGUGGAGUUCCCUGUGCUAUACAGCAGGUUCUCAUUAGUUAUCUGUUUUAUACAUAUUAGUGUAUGUAUGUCAAUCCAAAUUUCCCAAUUCAUCCCACCCCCCCUUUCCCCUUUGGUGUCCAUGCAUUUGUUCUCUACAUCUGUGUCUCUAUUUCUGCCUUGCAAACUGGUUCAUCUGUACCAUUUUUCUAGAUUCCACAUAUAUGUGUUAAUAUAUGAUAUUUGUUUUUCUUUUUCUGACUUACUUCACUCAUAUGACAGUCUCUAGGUCCAUCCACGUCUCUACAAAUGACCCAAUUUUGCUCCUUUUUAUGGCUGAGUAAUAUUCCAUUGUAUGUAUGCACCACAUCGUCUUUAUCCAUUCGUCUGUCGAUGGACAUCCAUUCGUCUGUCGAUGAAGGACAUUUGCUUCCAUGACCUGGCUAUUGUAAAUAGUGCUGCAGUGAACAUUGGGAUGCAUGUGUGACUGGUGUCCUUUUAAGGAAAGGAGAUUAAAAAACAUCAGGAAUGCUUGCACACAGAGGAAAGACCAUGUGAGGGCACAGAAGGUGGCCACCUUCAGGCCAAGGAAAGAGGUCUGAGGAGAAAACAACUUGCUUCUACCUUGAUCUUGGACUCCUAGACUCCAGAACAGUGAGGAAAUAAAUGUCUGCUGUUUAAGCCAUUCAUCCUGUGUUAUUUUGUCAUGGCAACCCUAGCA